GUAAGUAUUUCUUUCAUUAACCUAUAAUCUUUUCUGAGAUUUAAAAUCUACACCUUCUAGCUAGUCUAGAAUCAAACAGUAAUGAACUCUUCCUCAAGUCACUGACUCAAAGAGACUUUCACAAUUCAUUGUCUUUAAACUCCAAAUUACAACCUAAAUAAUUUGAUUUACCAAUGAUCCUCGUAUCAUAUUAAAAUGUAUAUUAAUGAUCGGUAUUACUCGAGACUUAUAAAAGCACGACAUGUUUACCAUCAUCAUCAGUCAUUUUAACUUGUUAGAGAUUAAGAGAUUUUUUUUUGUUAACUUCAACUAGCUAGCGGUACUUUCACUAAAGAAGGAGCAUCUAUUGAAAGUUGUAAAGGGCUGAUGACAUCUCUGAGCUAUCUAUCCUGUGGAUAAUUAAUUCAUUAGAGCUUUCUAAAUUUCAGGACUCUGACUCAAAUUGAUACCGGCAAGAAGAGAUUCUCUCACUAUAUAUAGACAGAGACACAGUGCCGAAGAUGGAGCAGUGACGGUUACGAACAAGAAGCAAAGAAGUCACGAGAAAUCUGGGGAAUUGUCUUAAGCUCUUUUGCGAUGGCCCUACACGGAAACGGCGAUGCGGUAUGGUUAAACAGCAGUGGAGAAGGGAUUCAGGAGGAAGAGGAGGAAGCUUCGUGGGGUAGGAAUCAUCAAGAAGACGGUGGAGCUUCUUCUCUCUCUCAUUUCAAGGCGCCUAUACUCGAAGGUGACUGGUUCAACAACCAAACAGUACAUCCACAUGAUCUCUACAACCAGCAAGACUUGAGAUUCCUCGGUGGCUUCCCUUUUAAACCCAACGACAACCUUCUUCUUGAUUCCUCUUCCUCUCAAGCUUUUAGCCUCGACACAUCUCAGCCUUCCACCUUCUUACCUUCUAACAACAAGUCUUGUCUCCUCAACGUCGGCAAUGCCUUUGACUUCGGUACAGAUUCUUGUUUCCUCGGCCAAGGCUUUGGUUCGUUUACACAGUUGAGGAACAGGGAGCUGAGCUCUGUCCCUGACGUCUUGUCUGCUCAGGUGAACAACAACUUAACGACUUUAUACGAAGGAGGAGGAGGUGGAUUCACUCCUUUGGAGUUACAAGGCGCCUUCACCAGUCCUGCGAAAGUUCUGAACCCUUUAGAGGUGUUAGCAUCGUCUGGUUCACAGCCUACUCUGUUCCAGAAACGUGCAGCCAUGCGUCAGAGCUCUGAAACCAAGUUUUGGAACUCAGAGAAGAAGCUGAGCGAUGAUGGAGAGAUGGACGAGGCUGGGAAUGAAGUCUCCGGGUUGCAUUACGAGUCUGAUGAUCUGAACCAGAGCGUUCAGAACAGAGGAGGAGGUAAAGGUAAGAAGAAAGGAAUGCCAGCUAAGAAUCUGAUGGCUGAGAGAAGAAGAAGGAAGAAGCUUAACGAUAGGCUUUAUAUGCUUAGAUCAAUUGUCCCCAAGAUCAGCAAAAUGGAUAGAGCAUCAAUACUUGGAGAUGCAAUUGAUUAUCUAAAGGAACUUUUACAAAGGAUCAAUGAUCUUCACAACGAACUUGAGUCAACUCCAACUCCACCUGGAUCUUUGCCUCCAACUCCAUCAAGCUUCCAUCCAUUAACACCUACACCUCAGACUGUUUCUUGCCAUGUAAAGGAAGAGCUAUGUCCCUCAUCUUUGCCAAGCCCUAAAGGCCAACAAGCAAGAGUUGAGGUUAGAUUAAGGGAAGGAAGAGCAGUGAACAUUCACAUGUUCUGUGGUCGUCGACCUGGUCUUUUGCUCGCUACCAUGAAGGCUUUGGAUAAUCUUGGAUUGGAUGUUCAGCAAGCUGUGAUCAGUUGCUUCAACGGGUUUGCCUUGGAUGUGUUCCGUGCUGAGCUAUGCCAAGAAGGACAUGAGAUACUACCUGAUCAAAUCAAAGCAGUGCUUCUGGAUACAGCGGGCUAUGCUGGUAUGAUCUGAUCACGAGGUUCUUGGGCACCUGAUGAAGGAAGCAGAGCUUGAAGAAACUAAGCCUUUUGAAUAUGCAAUUUUAUUUUCUUUCUUUCUUCAAGCUAAGCAUGUAAUGCUACUGCAAAUGAGACUUGUUUAAAUUAACCUUUUAAAACUUGGGGGUUACUGGAUAUAUAUAUAUAUAUAUUACUUUAACCUUUAGUAGCAAUGUUAACAUCAUGUUUCUAUUGACGCUGCCGCAGCGGCCGCGGUUGACAAAAGAACAGGGCUUAUGUUAACCUUUUGAUUGACUUUCGGGACUUGUGUCUGAUUCAAAUUCAUUGAUUAAGUGAAGCUAGAUUUCAUAUACUAAGAGUGGUUACAGAGACUAGUAGAGACACAACAACACAUUUGGUUGUUUGAUUAAAAAAAAAAGUCUGAGAAUGUUUUCAUUAGUUUGAUUAUUAUUAUCACUGUUUGAUUAACUUUGGGGACUUGUGGCUGAUUCACAUCAUUCACUGAUUAAGUGAAGCUAGACUUCAUAUAUUAAAGAGUGGUUACAGAGACUAGUAGAGAUACAACAACAGACAUAUUCACAUCAUAUAAAAUCUUGCUUCUUCUUCCUAAUAGACAUCUUUUUGAUAGUCAGGUUCGCAGAAUUCUCCUCCAAGAUCAUCACAAGCCUCUGCGGGGAAAACUCUGUUUCCAAGUCCAAACACACACACAAUCAGAAGCUGAAAACGCAAGCUGAGAUAAGUAAAAGGGAUUCAAAGACAUGAUCAUUACGUUUUGGGGUUGUUAUACUCUAGGUAUUCUCGGUCUACAGGCUCUGAAGCCACGGGAGGUGAGACGGGCUUUGUUUCAAGCUUGACUUCAGGGUAAAUAUCAGCAGAACAGGCGUAACCGCUGAUCACUUCACAUGCUUCAGCUGGGAAAA